UGAUCUACGUGAGAUGUGCACGGUUUUUUUAAGCGCACAAUCCGACAAUGAAGUUAAAAAAAACUUAAACGAUGCAUUCUGAAAUAAUGCCGACGAUAUCCUGAAAAUUUAUAUAUAUAUAUAUAUAUAUAUCAUACAUGGCGCGAACUGUGGCAUUACUCCGAUAUUGUUGUCGAUGCAUAUUUCGGAAUAGGUACCUCCGAGGAGAAGGAGAAUUAAAUGCCACGCGAAAUCCUCGGGGGAACCUCGAAAUCUGGCCACGAAUUCCACGAAGGCGACACGUCAGUGACAGCGGGCCAAUCGCGCGGCCGAAAUCGCAGUCGGCCCGCCAAUGAUGGGGCGCGCGUGGUGCGCGGCCAACUUCGCGGCGCGUGCCGGCAGACAAGACAAGACAGCUCUCAGCUGGCGUUUAUCCGUCAGUCGAAAUGAAGAUGGCCGCUGAGGUGAGGUGGCUCCUCGCUUUUCUCGUGUCGUGCGGCGUGUCGUUGUGCCGCGGCGAGGCGCCGCAUCGGAAAUUCGAGUACAAGUACUCGUUCAAGCCACCGUAUCUCGCGCAGAGGGACGGCAGCGUACCGUUCUGGGAAUAUGGCGGAAAUGCCAUUGCUAGUGCAGAAAAUGUCAGAGUAGCACCAUCACUCAGAAGUCAAAAAGGUGCAAUAUGGGUGAAACAGCCAAUUAAUUUCGACUGGUGGGAAGUUGAAUUAGUAUUCCGGAUAAGCGGACGUGGAAGGAUAGGAGCGGACGGUUUGGCAUUUUGGUACACGACCAACAAGGGAUAUUACAAUGGUUCCGUUUUUGGUAGCUCGGAUCGUUGGACAGGUCUGGGAAUGUUCUUCGACUCAUUUGAUAAUGACAAUAAACACAAUAAUCCAUACAUCAUGGCAAUUCUCAAUGACGGCACAAAGGACUUUGAUCAUAUAAAUGAUGGCUCUACCCAGCAGUUGGCUGGUUGUUUGCGAGACUUCCGUAACAAACCUUUUGCUACACGAGCGCGGAUAGAGUAUUAUAUGAAUACGUUAACUUUGUUAUUCCAUAAUGGUAUGACAAACAAUGAGCAAGAUUAUGAUAUCUGCUUCCGAGUUGACGAUGUCAUGUUACCGAAACACGGAUACUUUGGAAUUUCCGCCGCUACUGGUGGCCUGGCUGAUGACCAUGACAUCUUACAUUUCCUUACGACCUCUCUGUAUCCUCCUGGACAGCUACCAGUAGAUGGGAAUAAAGUUUCUGUCGAGGAACAAGCUAAACUGCAGCAGGAAUACUUAGACUACCAAAAGAAAUUAGAUGAACAGAAAGAGGAAUUCCGCAAAGAGCAUCCAGAGUUACAGAAGAACGAAUUUGACGAGUAUUUCGAGACAGAGAAUCAAAGAGAAUUACGGCAAAUAUUCAAUGGGCAAAGCCAAAUGUUUGAUGCCUUGCGUGAACUUCACAGGAAAUUAGAUGAGAUUGUUGGAAGGCAAGAAAGAACCUUGGGUUUAAUUUCUCAACUCGGACAAGGAGGUGUACAAGUUGCGGGUCAACCUGGGCAGCAACCUGUGCUAAUCGACACCAUACGUCGGCAAGAAGUCGACGCCGUGCUGAGUAACCAAAAUAUCAUACUGAAUACAGCUAGAGAAAUUAAAUCCUUUGUGGGAGAGGUUCAUUCAAAGACUGAAUCUAUUCUUAACAAUCAAGCGCGCGCUCCGACUGCACAGGUACAGCCAAUGGGAUACGAUUAUCAGUCAUUUAUGACAGAGAUGCGAGACGGGCUUAACACGUUAAAGAAAGAUUUUAAAACCACGGGAAGCGUAGAUUGUCCUAAUUGUCUAACGACUACUAUGUUCUUACUAUUCAUCGGAGUACAGAUGAUAAUAUUAUUGGUGUACAGUCUUUAUCGAGACAAUAAGGAAGCACAGAUGAAGAAACUCUACUAACGUGUACAUCGGCAAAUUUACAAUGCAUUCUCGUUUGCAUUACGAUUUGAUAUUUUUAUUACUCGUUGUUCGUAUCCGCGAAGUAUGAUUCGUGUCUCGACAUUUGUAUAAUAAAUCUCUCAUCCGUUAGAUCAAUUGUGAAAUUGUACAGCAUUUGUCGGAUAUUGUUUCACGAGGACACGAGAACAUCUCGCGAUAAUGGGACUUCCCAUUUUAAAUAUCUCCAUUUAAACAUCCAAAUUGGAAGCUCUACCUCCGUUACAGGUGCAAAUGGGUAUUAUGCUGUGCAAUCUAUAUUAGAGUUGUCAUAUGGCUUGGAGGAAUAAUUAUAUAAGUUAAAGGUUACUUACGGAUACGUAAUUAACCUGGGAGUUAUUAAAGAUGUCUUACGAUCUUUUUCUUGUAUCGUUAAAUAUAUAUAAUAUAUAGUUUUUUUACUCGUCAAUCGUCGCAUACAUAAUUAUCGUUACGUACACAUCAUCUUGGCAGCUUUUUCAUUUAUAAUCGCUGUAUUGUUAAUUUAUCCUCGUUGCAACGGUAACGCGGCUUUCCGUGUAAAUCUUUGUACGAUAUUUUGUAUCACGCAUUUAGUACAUGAAUAUACGAUUAUUUUAUUCUUAAGAACAAUCACUUUUGUCACUUGAGGUCGUCGGCAUUCCAUUAUGAACUGUGUCAUUUCUCAGAGUGAGAAGAGAUAAUUAUCACAUGACGCGAUAUACAACUGUUACAUAAUAAUGAUUUUGAAUGUAUUGUACUAUUUCAUAGGUGAUUACUGUAGUGAAGAACGUGCGUUUGUGUGUACUGUAAUCCCCUGUUGUGUAAACAUGAUUGUGUACAGUGAGACUGCGUUUUUGAAAUUAUGAUAAAAGACCUCUGAGUAAUGUGUGUACGUGUGUAAAGUACAUGAGUAGAAUUACUAUAGCGUAUACGGGAGCGAAAAUAGAAAAAGAUCCCUAAGUUCGUUACUCCCCACAUCAUUGCAUUUGUAAAAGUUUAUUGAAUAUUGUAGCUGUACGAGAAAAUACAUCUGAUAAAAAAUUCAAAAAUGAAAAA